AAAACCGCUGGCCGGCCAGAAACCGUAUCAUUCAGCCCUCAGCAUCGUUUCUGCAAAGAACUAACCCACAAAUCCAACCCACAAUACCACAUAAAAUGGCAUUCAAGUUCGUCUUCGCCCUCGCCUUCGUCGCCGUGGCCAGCGCCGGUUAUGCCCCCAUCGCCGCUCCCCAGGUGUACCAUGCUGCCCCAGCGGUGGCCACCUACGCCCACGCCCCCGUGGCCGUCGCCCAGAAGGUCGUGGUCAAGGCCGCCGAGGAAUACGACCCCCACCCCCAGUACCGCUUCUCCUACGGAGUCGAUGACAAGCUGACCGGCGACAACAAGGCACAGGUGGAGGAGCGCGAUGGAGACGUGGUCCGCGGAGAGUACUCCCUGAUCGACGCCGACGGCUACAAGAGGACCGUCCAGUACACCGCCGACCCCAUCAACGGAUUCAACGCCGUCGUGAACCGUGAGCCCCUGGUCAAGGCCGUCGCCGUUGCUCCAGUUGUGAAGACCGUCGCCGCUCCCGUUGCCCACUACGCCGCCCCUGCUGUCGCCCACUACGCUGCUCCCGCUGUGGUCAAGACCGUGGCUCCAGUUGCCCACUACGCUGCUCCCGCUGUGGUCAAGAGCGUGGCUCCCGUUGUCCACUACGGUGCUCCCGCUGUGGUCAAGGCUGUGGCCCCAGUGGCUCACUAUGCUGCCCCAGCUGCGUAUGCCACCUAUGCUGCUCCCACCCACUAUGCCGCCCCCGCUGUUGCCUACCACCACUAAGAACUGCCAUUCCCAUUGCCCAGCCCUUUAUUGUUAUAGUUUUACGAGCGACUACUAAAUAUAAACGUAAAUUUGA